AUUGCGUUUCUAUAUGCGUUACCUAGUCACAUUAUAGUUUCAGCACACAGUGAGGCUCUUCGCUGUGGUGAAGCCCCCAGACCACAACAGCCCAGCGCGGCUGGCGCUGCCAGAGGAAGGGUCUCUCCUGCCCUGAGGAGGGAAACAAUGUUCCCAUACGUUUCCUUCUGCAGCGACAGAGGUGGUGAGCGGGGCUGCGGUGUUUCCUGUGGUUGCAGUGUCUAAUGAGGUUAACACUGUUAUUGAGGUUAACUCUUCAACCGACACGAGAAAGGAAGCCAUGAGCUCUGCAGCGGCGGUGGGAGUCGGUGGGAUGGAGAGCAUUGGUGGGCUGGGGAGCACCGGUGGGCUGGGGAGCACUGGUGCAGCCUUGGCCCCUUUGGCCCCACACCACUCCACAGCCCGUGACACCCUGGGGGUAGCUGGCCACUGGCACAAGCAGAGGGGUGGCCUGUAGCACCCUGGGGUGAGCUGGCCACCAGCACAAGCAGAGGGGUGGCCCAUAGCAUCCUGGGGUGAGCUGGCUACCAGCACAAGCAGAGGGGUGGUCCAUGGCACCCUGGGGUGAGCCGGCCACUGGCGCAAGCAGAGUGGGUGACACCGGGUGCUGGUGAAAACAACCUCUCUCAAGUUUUUCCACAUAGGCUUCGGGGAUCAGCAGAAUCCUGUUCUAUUUGCUGACAGUGCUUAGCCCCCUUCCCCAGGACCCCUCUGCUGGGCUCCUGCCACCUCGCGCGCAGCAGCAGCAUUGGAAAAAUCCCUUUGGGAUUAAAUUUGACUCUAGAUUCUGUAAGGACUUAAAGACUGAAAAGACACCCCCGCCCCCCGGGGCUGUUCCUUUAAGGGAUGCUGGGUUUUCCCAUGGACUGACUCAGACUGGAAACUCUCCGUGUUUCGCAGCUAUCUAGGUCAGGCUCGCUGGCAGCCGCCGAUGCUUCUCGCCACGCUCAGCAGCCCUGGCCACAGCAGCAGGCAGAGGGGCCCGGCAGCACAUGUCCUGAGGACUGGCAAGACUAUGCUGUGCGUGGGCAGCGGCCACAGUCCAGGCCAUGGCAGGCUCCAGCGAGGCUUUGGUGAUCCACGCCCUGCUCUGCUGCCUGUGCGGAGGUGUUGCAAGCAUCGAGUGCUCGGGGCGCGUCUGGAUCGAGCCUGCACCCAUGGUGCUGAUGGGCUCCAACAUCUCCAUCAACUGCCUUGCCACUCCCGGCUGCCCCCGUGCCGAGUUCUUCAUCUUCCUCAACUACAGCCUCGUUGAGGGUCCCCUGCACCCCGUUAACAGCAGCACCGUCCAGCUCUGGCUGCACGAUUUCCAGGAGCCCUUCAGGACCGUUGCCUGCUUCACCCGCUGCCCCAACAGCAAGAGGAGCCAGCUGGUGUGCGGUGCCAACAUCCAGGCCGGCUACCCUCCAGACCCCCCCAGCAACCUGACUUGCACCAUCCGCGAGCGCUCGGGGCACCUGGCGUGCACGUGGGAUAGGGGGCGGCUGACCCACCUGAGCACCCACUACACCCUCCACCUGCGCCGCACAGGGCUGGCCGUGGUGAAGGAUGCAGAGGAGAAGGAUGCUGAGGAGAAGGGGGAGGAGGAGGAGGUCUUCCCCGCAGGCUCGCCAGUGCCGCUGAGCACACUGCAUGGCAGGAGCCGCUACUCAGCAUGGGUGCAGGCCAGCAACGCGCUGGGCACUGCCCGCUCAGCCCCUCGGCCUCUCGACCUGCAGGAGCUGGUGGUGCCCACCCCACCCCUGGUCGACAGUGCUGAGACGACAGAGACAUCACCUCCCACAACCAUCAUCCACUGGAGAAGGCAGACACUGCUGGAGAACGUGCACUGUGAGGAGCGACACAAAGCCACAGGCACCCCAGCAUGGCAUGUGGAGCUGUGGGAUGGUGCGGCGCAGCACAGGCCCCGCGGGCGGCACGACCUGCAGAGUAACACCCAGUACGUGUUUCAGGUCAGGUGCCGGCUCAGCCCUGCCGACAGCCCCUGGAGCCCCUGGAGCCCCCCCUUCCUCUACACCACCCCUGAGGCAGCCCCUGCCACAGCCCCCGAUGUCUGGCGUCGCCUGGGCCCGGCGUUCCCGAACGGCAGCCACGAGGUGACGGUCUUGAUCAAGCCCCUGUCACCCCAGGAUGCCAGAGGGAGGAUCCUGGGCUACACCGUGGCUGCCGAGAGCCCCUGGGGAACGCUGCUUCUCUGCAACACCUCCAGCACGGUGUGCAGCAUCCUGGUGCCCCCGGGAGCCCACACCCUCCGCAUCACCGCAUACAAUUCCAAGGGGGCUUCCAGCCCGGCCAGCAUCACCCUCAGCCAGGGAGCUGGCAGUCAGGAAGAGUUCCCAGCCCCGGUGGCCGUGGAGGUUAAGCCCGACAACCUGAGCAGGGUCUUGGUGGCCUGGCAGCCCUCACCCCGCAGCAGCAGGUCCCCGCUCUGGUUCAUCGUGGAGGGGGUUUCCACCACCUGGUAUGGCUGGGAGGAACAGUAUUUUUGGAAGAAAGUCCCACACCAGGAAACACACACAUACAUCCGAGCAAAAGCAGUAGCAGGAGGUCACAUCAACGUGUCGGUAUACGCAGUCUACCCCGAUGGAGUCAGCAGACCGAGCUCUGGCCAAGUCCCUGCAGAGGACCAGCUCCUGGGCAGCACCUCCAGCGAGAUCUCCCACGAUGGUGACAUUGGAGUGCUCCUGGGACUGGGCAUCAGCGUGGUCACGCUGUCGGUUGGUUUUGUAAUCCUGAUGUCUAAAAAAUCAGCCAGAAAAAGAAUUAACGCCACUGUUGUGUCGCUCUUGCCGAAAUGGCUGUCCGAAGACUUUCCCCACAUGGAAAACAGCAGCGUGGUAAAGGCACUCCAGGAAAAGAGUGAUUCCAUGAGUGACAGUUUCUAUGAGCCGUUCUUGGACAGCAGUGACCCCAUGGUUACGGAGAUCGAGGAGGUCCCAGUGCACGAGGAGGACAGGAACAUGGUCACCAGGAGGAAGCCCAGCAGAGAGGUCCCUGAGGACAGGCAGCACCCGGGGAGCACAGCACCAGCCAAUAUCGUGACCCCGGAGCAGAUCAGUGACUACAAACCUCAGGUGUCUGACGGGAACCCGCUGGGGUACGUAGCUGCCAAUAUUUACCCCUCGCAGCCCCCUGCAGCCCUCCCAGAACCAGAGAUGAACACCUUCUUCAGGGACUACACCAGCCCCGUCCCCAACCUGUGGGAUGGGGAGGGAGGGGAGCACCCCAUCUGUCUUCUGGAGAAGAUCAACCUCAUCUUAAACAGCAGCCGGAGCGGGCAAAGCCACGUGUUCGACUCAGCCCAGGGGGGACACGGCUCCCUCCCGGGGCACCAGUGGGGGCUCGCGCCGGCGGGUGAUGUUCAAGAGCAAAUGCUGGUCCCUGACGAGCUGGUCUCCUGCCUGAAAGCCAUGAACGGGGAGCCGGUGGAUAUCAAGACCUGCUUUCCACAAAGCAUCGGGAGGUCAUUUUGAGAGAAGCUGUAGUCACAAUUAAAAACCCAAAGUGAUGACCAUGGCACGUGUCAGCCUUUAAGACUGCAAACAGCAGAACUGGAGCAAAAUGCCAAAUCUGAAAUCUGCCCUCUUGAUUGACUACGAAUUCUUGUGGCUGCUUGGAAACUUUUGGCCAGUAAAUCACAAUUUUAAACUUACCUCAUAUUUUCACAAGCAAAAAACCUGUAAAACUUGGAUUCCCAUAAGAACCAAAAUACAGAGCAAGCAAUUUUUGCAGGAUGCGAUAUGCUUCCACGAUUACUCCAAGUCAUCCUCUUGCUAAAUGCUUGGAGCAUUUCAUCCCUGGAGCUGAUGGCAGUCAAGAUGGAUAAAAUGACCCCUCAGACAUCCUGAUGGAAGUGUGUAGAAUAGCUUGGGCUCACUCCUAAGGAGGAGGCACUGCGCCAAGGCGGAUUUCUAUAUCACACAGCAUACAUGAACACCAAGAACGUGAAACCUUUUCUGUAUGACAGAAUAACCCGAUUUCAUCUUCCCUCCCAUUCAAUAAUAAAACCCACAUCAGGUAAGAACAAGCCUUCACCACCCGCCAGGCUGAUUUAAAACCUCUCCCUAAACUGGUUGCUGGUCAGAUUCUUCGCUUUGGGUGAGGUAUUUACCAGCUCACGGCAGCUUGUCGGUGCCUCAGCCUUGCUGCGUGAAGCAUAGUGUGGCACAGCGAAAUGGCAUUUAUUAGGCACAUGACAGGGAAUUCGGAUCUUCUGACAUCCAGAAUAUGAAAUACAGGAGUCUUCUUCCUGCUGA